AUGAUCGCAUGUGCGUUGUGCAGCACAUGGCAUUGCUCUCAAGCAUCUUUGCAGCAGGAAGCCAAGCGUCUUCUAUCGGAGCUCGACUACCUUGUUCACACUCACUAUCCACAUAUUAUCCGCACAGUAGUGGUACUACUGCUGUUCGCGGCGCUCACAUUGCUCCUUCUGCGGGACGAGUUCGCGCUACCGCCAGGGCUCCUCAGCCAUGAUCUUGAACAUGGCAACACGCAGCAAGAUGCCGCAUCGAGCGUUGUUGCGCUUCAGAACCUGGAAGCUCCGUCGCUAAAGAGAGGAGGAGACUACGAAACAGACCAGAUGGAGGGAUUUAGCCUCGUUUGCUUGAUGGAAGGCGAGACUCUGCCUCCCGAAUAUGCUCCUAGUCCUCGCGUUGCCCAUAAGGGCGCAACUGUUGGCGAUGUAGGUGCUUUUGGCUGGGGUCGGAUCGCGGACGCUUUCGAGCCCAGCGAUGUGGCUCACUCCGUUCGUGCUGCCUUCACUCAUAUGGGAGCUCCAAGCAUUUUAGAUCGGAGUUGGGACAUGGUAACAUGGAGCCAGCUGUAUCCCGUCCCCACCAGGGAAAAUCCAAAAUGGGAGAUCUAUGGCGUCUCCACUUUCAAAGAUGUACCUUUGACAGCUAGCAAGCUCGGAACAUUUGCAAAAGCGCGUCUCUUCCGUCCUUCGAGUGAGGAUGAGGCAGAAGCAGGGCAAGCUAGUGCCAUCAUCGGAAGUCCAAAUGGGAGAGGAGUUGCCUGGCUGUUGGCCCAACACAAGGACUUGUUUGGCGCGACCAGACAGAUCUCGAAGAUCCGAGUUUGGGAUGGAAGUGAAGGCAAAGCCAACGCGGUUGUCUCAGAAGGCUUGCCAAAUAUCAUGUUUGAGCUGGGAGGCUCAACUACACCGCCUUCGAAGAAGAAGAAACGAGAUACUUCACUACACCUGGAAUCGCGAGCGCAGAGGCGAAAUGAGUCUUCGUCAAAUGUUGAUACCGACGACCCCGACCCUCGGCCGAAGAAACGCAAUCGAAACGGCGUUGAUCUCCUGCUCAAACGGACACCUGGACAGCACGACUACUACGACAAAGACGUAGCUCGAGGAUGUGAACUGAACAGGCUUAUGCGUUCAUCCACAGAGGAUCCCAAAUAUCCCGCCACCGGCUCAAGCUACCACGAGAUCACGGACGCAGGCUGGGUCAUGGUCAACUCAGAGGGCAUCAAUAGAAACCAUCGAUACCGCCAGGAUGUCAUGGAGAAGCUCAAAAUCCCUCCCACUACGGAUCCAUCUUGGACAUUCAUUUAUUGGAAAUACGAGAAGUUCUCCAAAGACCACAUCAAUCCCAAAUCUGGCAAAGGAUACAGAACCGGAGGCUACUACUCCAACGCCUACAACUGCGCCGCCAACAUCAUCCUCGCCAUCUCAAACAACAGCCCCCGAAACGCCCAAGAAAACCCCUCCCUCACAAAAUCCGACAUCCCCCCCAUAGAAAAAUGGUCAGACAUCAACGCCCUCACCUGGAAAGAAAUCUGUCCCCCCAACACCCCCCUCCACUACAUCCUCCGCCUGCACGUCAACAACAACGAAUCCCGCAACAUCCUCCGUCUCACCCUCGGCCUCACCCCUCCCACCCAAAACAAAAACCUCGGAACAUACCCAGGAAAAAGCUUCGAUCCCUCCUCUCCCGAAGGUCUAGCAUUACUCGGCUCCCCCAACGGGCGCGGAGGAGCUUUCAUGGUGUCGCAACAUAAAGCUUUGUUUGGAGCUACGCGACAAGUCACGAAGAUUUCUGUUUGGGGGAAUACGCAGGAUCCGGAUUUUCUGUUUGAGUUUGGGGCCAGGGAGGGGCAUGUUCCUUCUGCGAGUGUGGAUUUGGAUGCGCCGUAUGAGUAUUCGGGGGAGGAGGGAUACGCUGGAGUUCCUUGUUUUGUUUUUCCUUGUGGGGAGGAGGAGAGGAGGAGAUGA